CUCGCUCCCCCCAACAUGGAGGCGGCCGCCGCCCUGUCCCCUCCCCGCGUCGCCGCCCUCGACGCCCGCGCCCUCUUCUCCCCUCCCACCGCCAUCCCCUCCUCGCCCGCCUCCCGCCUCCGCCUCGCCGCCCGCCCGCGCGCCUCCGCCCCCUCCGUCGUCGCCACUCCUAAGCAGCGGUUCCUGGCGCCCCACCCGGACCCCGCCGGCGGCCGCGGCGCAAGAGACGUCGUCACCAUGGUUAUCCCAUUCCUCAGGGGAACCGCAUUUGAGCAGCCGCCGCCGGACCUGGCCUCCUUCCUCUACAAGAACAGGAUCGUCUACCUCGGGAUGUGCCUCGUGCCGUCCGUCACCGAGCUCAUGCUCGCCGAGUUCCUCUACCUUCAGUACGAGGACGCGGAGAAGCCAAUCUACAUGUAUAUAAACUCCACCGGCACCACCAAGAAUGGCGAGAAAUUGGGCUAUGAGACGGAAGCUUUUGCAGUAUAUGAUGCUAUGAGGUAUGUCAAAGUCCCAAUUUUCACACUUUGUAUUGGCAAUGCAUGGGGAGAAGCUGCUUUACUAUUGGCUGCUGGUGCUAAAGGUAACCGUGCUGCACUUCCAUCAUCGACGAUAAUGAUGAAGCAGCCAAUUGGUCGAUUUCAAGGUCAGGCGACAGAUGUUGACAUAGCAAGAAAGGAAAUAAGAAAUGUGAAGAUAGAAAUGGUUAAGCUGCUGUCGAGACAUAUUGGUAAACCAAUGGAAGAGAUCGCUCAGGACAUUAGGCGACCUAAAUACUUCAGCCCUAGUGAGGCAGUGGAUUACGGUAUCAUUGAUAAGGUGUUGUACAACGUGAAAAGCCAAACAGACGCCGGUGUUGUGUCGGAAGUCAAAAAGGAAUUAAUUUGACAUUUGGGUGCAGUACAAGUAGGCAUAUUUUUGUAAGAUUUUGGAUAGGCAAAUGCAAUGCAGAAGAUGUUAGGCUGAGGUGUUCUGGUA